AUGUUGGUAGCCAAAUACUCGGCUUUGAUGGAACCCGUUGUCAACGUACUCCAAUCUGUAGCUUUGGACGUGGUCAAAGCCUCGGAACACGUUAAAAGGAUAUUACUUUUAAUUAAAAACCAGAGUGAAAAUCCGGAAAAAGUGACAGAUGAAAUUAUAAAGGAAGCUACUGCUGUUGCGGAGAAAGUCGGACUGGAGGACAUUACAUCAAUGCUGCAUAUUACGGGGAAACAACGUCAUAGAAGAAAUCAUCCAGCAGAAAGUCCUUCAGAAUACUGGAAGAGGUCUUUAGUGGUCAUCGUUGGCAAUGGUGGAGUAGGCAAGUCAAGCAUGAUCCAAAGGUACUGCAAAGGAACUUUCACCAAGGACUAUAAAAAAACCAUAGGAGUAGAUUUUCUUGAAAGGCAAAUAGAAGUAGACGGAGAAGACGUCCGACUGAUGCUAUGGGACACUGCGGGACAAGAAGAAUUCGACGCAAUCACCAAGGCCUACUAUAGAGGAGCUCAAGCAUGCGUUCUAGCUUUUUCUACGGUAGACCGGGAUUCUUUUGAAGCUGCGCAUUCAUGGAAACUCAAGGUAGAAAAUGAAUGUGGAGAAAUCCCCACUGUGAUUGUACAGAAUAAAAUAGAUCUCAUGGAACAAAGCGUUGUCAACCCAGAAGAAGCAGAUCUUUUAGCCCGAGCGUUAGGCUGUCGAUUGAUUCGAACGUCUGUCAAAGAAGACGUCAACGUGGUGGCCGUCUUCAGGCACUUGGCAUCGAAAUGUCUGGCAGAACUUCGGGAUCCUCGUGAUUAUGACUACUUCACCACGCCAACCACCUUCAGCCCAGAUACCCUCACUAUUAGUGCUUUUAACCCUAGUCAUUCUUCCAAAAACCAUAACGGAACCAUAGUACUUCGACCUCAUAAACAAAAAAAGAAGAAAAACGUUUUGAAAAAUGCUUGUAGGAUAUUAUGA